AGGCAGCUGUCAAAAGAGAAAGAAUUAGGAGGGAAAAAAAAAAAUCAGGAGCCGCCUCUGCAGUUUAAUGAUCAAACGGCUGUCUGGGAAAAUAACAGGAAGCAGCCAAAUCACUGAAGCUCCCCCUGCAGCCUAUGCAGUGUCAAAAAGCCCAGUCUGUCUGGAAGCGAAAAGGGGGGAAUCCAGGAGGCUUUUUUCUUUCUUAAAUCUCCUCCCCUUGUGUGUGUCUGAGUCUGACAGUCACUGGGAGGGUGAGAGAGCUGGAGAUCUUUUUUCUUACAAACCAUUACUCAUUAGUAUAAGGGGGAGGACGAGGCUGACACUACAUCUACCUCUUUUCUUUAACCUGAACUGCCUCAUUGUGGUACCAGUCAGACAGCAAACGAGCACACUAGAGAAAAACCUCAUUGGGAAAACUUUUUUUCUUUUAUAAUUUAAAAAAAAAAAAAAAGUCAACGUACUUCUACAAAUUACAAACUUAUUUGUGAUCAGGACAUACUAGGUCAUCCAAAAGGGAAGACGAACUGAUUUGUAGGAUCUGUUUUAUGUUGACUGAAGCAAGGAGUUUACAUCUGGUGUCUGUAUUCAUGAUGAAAGCUAAAAAGGGUUUUGUACCCCUCUCAGGGAGUGAGACAGAAGAUGAUGAUGGUAUGGACAUCCCCUUGGAUCUCUCUUCUACUGCUGGCUCUGGGAAGAGAAGGAGACGUGGAAACCUCCCUAAAGAAUCUGUUCAGAUUCUGCGAGAUUGGCUUUAUGAACACCGUUUUAAUGCAUAUCCAUCAGAGCAGGAAAAAGCACUCCUGUCCCGACAAACCCAUCUCUCCACACUACAGGUCUGCAAUUGGUUCAUCAAUGCACGUCGAAGACUUUUGCCUGAUAUGCUAAGAAAAGAUGGAAAAGAUCCUAAUCAAUUCACAAUUUCUCGCAAAGGGGCAAAAAUAACAGAUGUGAUGCAGAUGGAUUCUCCAACGGGUACAAAGACCUACAUUCCCACCAUAGAUGAAAGCUCAUUUCAGUUCAGUUCAGCAGGACCUAACCAGACCUCAGGGAAGUUACUGGCUUCUAAUAUCUCUUCUCAGCAGUCUCUUCUGGCUCGGCCUUCUGUGAUCUGUCAUACCACUGUAACAUCACUGAACGAUGCUCCUUUCAACUUCACACAUGUGUUGAAUGCUGGACAAAUCCCAGACCAGCAGCAGACUGAUAUAAACCACUUCACAGAGACAUCACUUGUGUGUCACGAGGAGAAUAGUCAACUUGGACAAAAUGCAAACACACAAAGUGGACUUUUCAACACUCCCCCACCUACUCCACCAGAUCACAACCAGGAUUUUAGUGGGUUUCAAUUAUUGGUUGAUGUUGCUCUCAAGCGGGCUGCAGAAAUGGAGCUGCAGCAAGCAAAACUGGUGGCUUAAAAUAUUACCAAGAGCUGGCAACAUUCAGAACUAGAACUGUAAUUUUGAACUGCCAAGGUUUAAAUCAAAGACUGUCUCCAUUUUUUGAGACCAUAUCUAUUUUUUUCCCUAUUUGUGUUGUUUGCACACGGGAUUGUAAAAGUGAAGCUUUCUUAUCACAAAGAAGUCUUACGCCUUAGACUGAUUCUUUUUUUUAUUUUAAUUUUUUGGGCCUUAUAUAAACGGACUGUGACUACAACUAUUGACUCUUGUGAUGUUUUCAGAUGCCAUUUAAGGACAUUACAUUUCACAAAGUUAAUGUUAGUGUACUCUUACUCCAAUACGGUUACAAAAACAAAGUCUCAGGGUGAUGGAGAUCAGAUAUUUCCUAUAUGUGCGCAUGCAUGUACAUGCAUACAUAUAUAAAAAUCUGUAUUUCAUUCCGAGAAGUUUAAGUAGAGCUACUGGAGAAACGUACUGUUUCUUCGUAGACUGCAAAAUGUGAGUUGUUUCCCAAAAUUGUGAUUAUAUAUUAUAUAUAUUUUUUGUAUCUUCCAGACUGUGCAAUAUUUAGAAAUACAUAGACCUUUAUCAUUCCAGUGCAUCAGGCGAUGCUCACAUAUUUUCUACCACAUUUUCUUUUUUUAAAUCCACUGUGUAAUAAAAUAUUUUCUUUAAGGUCUUGUACAAACUACAUGUUUUUGUUUAACAGGGGAUGGCAUUAGAAUACUAUAUAACUGGACACUGUUCCCACCUGGAAUAUUACCUGCUAUGUAAAGAUUUUUUUCUUUUGACAUGUAUUAUUUUUUGUAUGCUUUUGUAAUAUAGAGAAUAACAAAUGAAAAAGAA